CUCCUCCGCCGCCGCCGCCGCCGCCGCCGCCGCCGGGUUUCGGUGCGGGGGGGACGCGCACAAAGGUGCGGCGGCGAUGCUCCAGGGCGGCCCCCCCGUGCCCUGAGCAGCCGCCCAUGCCCGGCCCCUCGCCGAUGCCGCGCGCGCCAACGGCCCCGGAGAGCGCCGGGCCGGAGCCGCCGCCGGAGCCGCCGGCGUGCGUGUCCCUUUCUCCGGAGUGAGGCCACCCCCAGGUGACAAGAUUGAGCCCCUCAAGGUCACGGUCGAUCUCCUGAAGGUGCCCCUGGGCCUGAAGAAGCCGCCGCUGAAGGAGGCGCUGGGGAAAGCCCAAGCCAAAGCCCAGGCCCAAGCCCAAGCCCAGGCCCAAGCCCAGGCCCAGGCCCAGGCCCAGGCCCAGGCUCCGGCGCGGCGCGGCGACGCCAUGGACAACGAGUCCCAGUACUCCGGCUACUCCUACAAAUCCGGCCACUCCCGCGGCUCCCGCAAGCACCGGGACCGGCGGGAGCGGCACCGCUCCAAAAGCCGGGAUGGGACGCGCGGGGACAAAUCCGUGACGAUCCAAGCACCGGGAGAGCCUUUGCUGGACAACGAAUCCACGCGGGGGGACGAGAGGGACGACAACUGGGGCGAGACCACCACGGUGGUGACGGGGACGUCGGAGCACAGCAUCUCCCACGAUGACCUCACGCGCAUCACCAAGGACAUGGAGGACAGCGCCCACCUGGACUGCUCCCGCCACCUGGGCGUGGCCUUGGGCGCGGCCCUGGCCCUCCUGGCCUUCCUCACCCCCUUGGCCUUCCUCCUCCUCCCGCAGCUGCUGUGGCGGGAGGAGCUGGAGCCCUGCGGCACGCCCUGCGAGGGGCUCUUCAUCUCGGUGGCCUUCAAACUCCUCAUCCUCCUGCUGGGCAGCUGGGCCCUGUUCUUCCGCCGGCCCAAGGCCUUCUUCCCGCGCGUCUUCGUCUUCCGCGCGCUGCUCAUGGUGCUGGUCUUCCUGCUCGUCGUCUCCUACUGGCUCUUCUACGGCGUCCGCAUCCUGGACUCGCGCGACCGCAACUACCGCGCCGUGGUGCAGUUCGCCGUGUCCCUGGUGGACGCGCUGCUCUUCGUCCACUACCUGGCCGUGGUCCUGCUGGAGCUGCGGCAGCUCCAGCCCCAGUUCACGCUCAAGGCCGUGCGCUCGGCCGACGGCGCCAGCCGCUUCUACAACGUCGGCCACCUCAGCAUCCAGCGGGCGGCCGUCUGGAUCCUGGAGAAUUACUACCACGACUUCCCGGUCUACAACCCCGCCCUCCUCAACCUUCCAAAAUCCGUCCUGUCCAAGAAAAUGUCCGGCUUUAAAGUCUAUUCCCUCGGCGAGGAGAAUUCCACCAACAACUCGGCGGGGCAGCCGCGCGCGGUGAUCGCGGCGGCGGCGCGGCGGCGCGACAACAGCCACAACGAGUUCUACUACGAGGAGGCCGAGCACGAGCGCCGGGUGCGGAAACGCCGCGCCAGGCUGGUGGUGGCGGUGGAAGAGGCCUUCACCCACAUCAAGCGGCUGCAGGAGGAGGAGCAGAAGAACCCGCGGGAGGUGAUGGACCCACGCGAGGCCGCCCAGGCCAUCUUCGCCUCCAUGGCCCGCGCCAUGCAGAAAUACCUGCGCACCACCAAGCAGCAGCCCUACCACACCAUGGAGAGCAUCCUGCAGCACCUCGAGUUCUGCAUCACCCACGACAUGACCCCCAAGGCCUUCCUGGAGCGGUACCUGACAGCCGGCCCCACCAUCCAGUACCACAAGGACCGCUGGCUGGCCAAGCAGUGGACACUGGUCAGCGAGGAGCCGGUGACCAACGGCCUCAAGGACGGCGUGGUCUUCGUGCUCAAGCGCCAGGACUUCAGCCUGGUGGUGUCCACCAAGAAGAUCCCCUUCUUCAAACUCUCCGAGGAGUUCGUGGACCCCAAGUCUCACAAGUUCAUCAUGAGGCUGCAGUCGGAGACCUCGGUGUGAUUUGGCCGGGAUUUUUUUCCCCGGAUUUUUCCGGCUCCGAAUCUCCCGAUUUGGCUCCUCCGGCGCCUUCCUGGGAUCGUGACCACUCGUCCUUUUUGAGGUGGCUGAGCCUCUUUUCCUCCUCUUCCUCCUCCUCCUCCUCAUUCCCGAAAUCCGGAUCCUCUGGAGCCGUAACUCAAGGGCUAAUUCCAAGAAUUCCCAACUUCCUUCUUCACCAGCGUCCUGGAGCAGCUCUGGGUCCCACAGAGCUCCUGCUCCCGUUUGUUUUCUCCUGGACAAUUCUCCUGGCUCUGGCCUUAAACCACUGCCCUGGGGCUGGGUUUGUGAUCCCAAGGGAAUUUUUUUAGGGGUGGAAGGAUUUUGGAAUCAUCUCCAGGAUCCGUGGCUGCUGUGGAAAAGCUCCUGGGGCGCAUCCCAGGUUUUGGCAACAUCCUCCUCGCCUUUGCUGAUUUUUUUUUUUUUAGGAAAAAUGAGUGGAAAUCUGGAUUUUUUUUGGAAGAGCUGAAGGUUGAAUUGAGGGGUUUUUUUGGGGUGGAUUUUGCUGCUCCUGAGGGUGUCCCAAAUUCCAGUGGCAUCUUCUGGAUCCGUAACCCCGAGGAGCACCUGGGAGAGGUCAACGAACGUCCCGUGGUGAUCCCACAAAAUUCCCACUGGGAUGAAAAAAACACUUUUAUUUUUUGCCUUCUCCUGUUUUUUGGGGUUUUUUUUUUAAGGUCACAAAUACCUCACGGAUGGAUUUGGAAUUUUUUCCCAUUUUUUUUUCCCACCUCCACCCUCAUGGGGUUGGAAGUGCCGGAUUUCAUUCCAGGGAGGCGUUUUUGGGGUCGGAUUUUUGGGGUCGGAUUUUUGGGGUCGAUUUUGUCCUAAGCACUAAAAAAGGGGGAGUUUGGAGCCAGGGGAGGCUUCCCCAGUAAGCACCAGUAGCAAAAUGGGGGGGGAGAUCCAUCCCAUAUCCAAAUUCCAGGAAAUCCCCGUUUUUUGGGGGGAAUUUUUUUGGGGGAAUUUUUUGGGGGGAAAUUUCAACCCCCUCCUGCUGCUCCCAACAUUUUCCAUUUUUGGGAAAUUUCCCAAAACAUUUCCCAACAUUUUGGGGCUGAAGGAUUUGGAUUUCACCCCUUGAUCCUGGGAGCCCAUUUUGGGGCAUUUUCCUGAAAAAAAAAAAAAAAAAAAAAAAAAAAAAGAAAAAAGCAGAUGGAUCUUCCUGCAGGGUGGGAGGGGGGUGGAACUCACAAUUCCAUUUGGGAAUUUUGGGAGAGAAAAUUCCCUUUUUCUGGUUCCGUUUUUGGGGUUGGGUUUGGAUUUUGUUUCCCCCGCAGAGCCGAGAUUUUUGUGCAUGCGUGUAGAAAGUUGUAAAAUGUCAAAUUAAUGGUUUUUAAUAUAUAAAAAAAGCUUGGAUUUUCCCAGUUUUUUGCAGCGGAUCGGAGCAUUCCGGCAGUGGUAGGAAUUUUUUCCGUUGGUGUUCGGUUGUUUUUUGUUUUUUUUCUGUUUUAUUUUAUUUUAUUUUUUUUUUCAUAGAGGAACUAAAAUUGUACAAUUUUGUUGGAUUUUUUUUUUUUUUUUUAAUAAAACAAACCUGUUUUGACUUUUUUUAAAACAUUCAUUUUGGCUCAGGGGCUGUGGGGGCCAAGAGUUUGGGGUUUGUGGGGUCAAGGAUUUGGGAUUUUUGGGAUAGAGUUUGGAGUUACAGAGUCAAGGAUUUGGAGUGUAUGGGGUCAAGUUAUGAGUUCAGUAGGGCCAAGGAUUUGGGGUUUAUGGGGUCAAGGAUUUUGGGUUUGUGGGGUCAAGGAUUUGGGAUCUAGAUUUGGGGUUCUCUGGGGUCAAUUUAUGGGGUCUCUAUGGCCAAGGAUUUGGGGUCUACAGGGCAAGGAUUUGGGAUUUAUGGAGCAAAGAAUUUGGGGAUUGUGGGGCCAGGGAUUUGGAGUGUAUGGGGUCAAGUUAUGGGGUCUGUAGGGACAAGGAUUUGGGAUUUAUGGGGCCUAGAGUUGGGGAUCAUGGGGUCGAGGAUUUGGGAUCUCUGGGAUGAAGGAUCUGGAGUGUUUGGGAUCAAGGAUUUGGGGUUUGUGGGGCUGAGGAUCUGGAGUCUCUGGGGUCAAGGAUUUGGAGUAUU